GCCGCCUGAAACGACUCCUGCCAAAUCUUAACUCAUGUCCACCACAUCAGAGUUCUCCGAAGAGGCCAUCACCAAGUUACUCAAGCAUUUUCAACAACCUGAGCACUCUGGGAUACAGUAUAGACGCAAAGAACCAAAUCACCUUCCUGCUGCCAAACUCCCGCCAAAAUACGUCGUCCGUCGCAAUCGCUUUUCCACGCAGCCGAUGAAUAGGCCUCCAAAGGUCUGUUAUGGCUAUGGGAUCUUCCUAAAAGAUCUCUUUCUCUAUGCGUGCCGCCACCCUGAGAUAUUCGAGCGAGCUUGCACCUCCCCAGCCAAGCUGCUCAAAGUCAAGGGCCGUCAAAUGCGCAAGCACUAUCUCGAAGCCAUCUGUCUAUUUGCAAGGACGCACCUGUCGGCAGCGUUGGAGUGCCCGCGGCUACUUGAUACUUCUAUUCAGAGUCCCUUGGUCGACUACGAGAUGGCUAUCGCACUAUACGACAACUACAGCGUAUACGGGUAUGAGGAGAAGAAACGACAGAACGAACUUCUCGCGAGGAUUAAGGAGGAGCUCGAGAUCCCAGAGGCGGAGCAAGCUAUGUGGUUCCUUGCUAGUUGAGGAUUUGGGACUUCGCUUUGCCUCUGAAUAGCUCCGUGAUACCCAACCUAUCGUGAGCCACUCCUGUACCGCCUCAGUUUACAUCUAUUCUUGCAUGAAGUGCCAACCCGCUCAUGUUUAGUACUCAUCGCGACUCUCGUCCAUGUAUUUCUACUCUUACUGUAGCGCACUGAGUUUUACCAAAAAAUCGAAACCCAUAGCAGGUCAAAAUUGUAGUCUCGAGGGCGGACACGAUACGUCAUGCAACUUGUCCGCAGCAUACCUAGUUUCCACCUUCUUCGGUACCUUAGAUGACAUUAGUUGUAUAUUUAUCACUCACGUCUGGAACCAUCUUCUGUUUUUUGGCGGUUAGGUGGUAUGGCUUUGAUCCUUCGUCCUGUCGCUAGUUAUGUUUCAACUCGCAAUAGUUGAUGCGUUCGG